GUUACUAGCCCCGCCCCCUCGUUUCCAGUGACGUCACUGCAGAUCAACGCGGAAGUGAAACCAGACGACGAAGCGAAGAGACAAAACAAAAUAAGUUGCUGUUUACGCUCCUACAGCAUUCACGCUCUGUCACCAUGUUGGGAGGAGGCUUCAAAGCAGAGAGGCUCAGAGUCAACCUCCGCCUCGUAAUCAACCGACUCAAACUCCUGGAGAAAAAGAAAACUGAGCUUGCCCAAAAGGCAAGGAAGGAGAUAGCCGAUUACCUGUCAUCUGGUAAGGAUGAGCGGGCCCGCAUCCGCGUCGAGCACAUCAUCAGAGAGGACUAUCUGGUAGAAGCUAUGGAGAUCCUGGAGCUUUACUGCGACCUGCUGCUGGCUCGCUUUGGCUUGAUUCAAUCCAUGAAAGAACUAGAUCCAGGCUUACAGGAAGCAGUGUCCACCCUCAUCUGGGCAGCUCCUCGUCUCCAGUCAGAGGUGUCUGAACUAAAAAUUGUCUCUGAACAGCUAUGUGCAAAAUAUAGUAAGGAGUACGGCAAACUGUGCAGAACAAACCAAAUUGGCACAGUCAAUGACAGGCUGAUGCACAAACUGAGUGUGGAGGCCCCUCCCAAGAUUUUAGUGGAGCGCUACCUGAUAGAGAUUGCCAAGAAUUAUAAUGUGCCAUAUGAACCUGACGCCAUAGUCCGGCCUGAAGUGUGUCCUGGAGAGGAGGCAGACCUGAUUGAUGUGGACACUGACAAGAAGUCUGGAGGAGGAGGAGGAGGAGGAGGAGGAGGUGGUGGUGGUGGUGGUGGAGGUUUUGGCGUUCCUGCUGGUGCUAUGCCCAUGCCUAUGGCCAUGCCCAUGCCCAUGGGCAUGCCUAUGCCAUCGGCUUUCAACUAUCCACCUCCCAAGGGAGCGGAACCCUUUAACGCUCCAGUUGGAACCUACGACAACUUCAGUCACGCCAUGGGAGGAGGGCGGCCCCCUCAGCUGCCCACUUCUCCCCCCACAUAUGAGUCUAUUGAUGACCUUACUGAUAAACCUUCUGCUCCCUUCCAGGCUGUAGGCCCUGGUCCAUCAUCUUACCUGUUUGACAACAACGCUCUACCAGAACUGCCCUCUGUUCCUGACACACUCCCCACAUCCUCCAUAGGUGGAAACACCACCAACUCGGAUGACAUAGACUUUGACGACCUCACACGGAGGUUUGAGGAGCUGAAGAAGAAAACCUAAUCGUUACCCUACUGGUCUAAAACACACAGACACACACACAGCAGCUUGUGUCAUCACCAACACAGCUCAGAACAGGAAAUGUUUAAGGCUUUGAAUCAGAUCAGAUCUGGAUUGUUCUCCUCUCCCUUCUGUGUUAAAGUAAUUUUACAGUGAUAUUUAAACAUGUAUAUUCUUACCUCAUUUAUAGAAAUACAAACAACUUACUGAGGGUGUGGAUGUUCAUUUAUCGACCCUGUCUGUGAGAAAAAAAAACUAACUUCCUUUUGCAUUGAGUGCCACAUUUCUUCCUUAAAGGCACAUUCUUACAUACAAUCAUGUGGGUGCUGAACCCACUUUCACUCCAUUUCAUUUGGAGGUUACACUGGCUUUUAACUUUUCCCAUUUGGCUACGUGAUAAACUGUUUAAUCAAAUUUAGAUUUUAAGUUUUGUUUUUUCCUUGGGCUUGAUGGAUAUUUACUGUACAUGCCUUGAUUCUAUUUUGCACAUGUUGAUAUCGCUGUGAUCUUUGCCAAUGUGUCACCCAGUCCUCACUCAGACCGGUCAAACAAGCCCGACAGGCUGCCUCACUUUCAAAGGAACAGGCAUUCAUUCUCUAUGAAGUCACCAUGUCUUCUCAGAGGACACAAUUCAGCGUCCAACUGUGCUUUUCAAAAAGGUAUCUGUGCACACAGAAGCCAUAUUUCCGGUGUGUCGAGCUGUCGUCUAGUUUUAUCCAUGUGGAAUGGACAUUUGCAAACGCUCAACGCUCUCUCAAGAAGAAGCUUAUCUAGUCACAUGUCAGACCUGUUCAUCUGUUACAGCUGGUAGAACACAAAAUUAAAAGAGGCGAAAAAGUGUAGAUCUGUAAAGUAGACACCUAUUUACACGGCUGAUUUAGAGAGUCUGGAAGCAGGGAGUUGUCCAAUAUUUGAUGAAUCAGUUUUCUAUAUAUUUAUAUCAUCUCCAAAUACAGCAUUUUUUUCCCUUCAUCAUUUUGAAUGUCAGUUUUACCGAAUACACUUUAUGAUGUAUGUAGAAGAAAUCCUUUCAGACAAAAGCAGCCACGCAGAAACCUUAUAAUCAGAUAUCAUUUUUGACCCCAGAAUAGUUUUGGGUUGUCCUUUGUACAUGGAUGUAAUACUACAUUUGCCUUACCUGUCAUCUCUCAUCUGAGGCCUUCCCAGUCUUUUAUAGGAAUUAAGUAUUUGUUAGCCAUCAAGACUGGAGAAGUGUUACACUUAAUGAGUCUCCGUUUAUUUGAUUUUCAAUAACAAAUCUAUCUCUUCAAAAUAAGGUAAAUGAACGUAAUGUUUGCAAAAGGCAUAAUUUUGUCUGUUGGGGUAGUAGUUUUUUUUUUUUUUUUUUUUAAUUUUAUUAAUGCAAUUUCUCCCCCCCCACCCCUUUGGAAAGAUACAGAGAGGGUUUUGUUCUCAUGCAAACAUGGCUCGUUGCUCUAAGUCUAACCUAACCACACCCAGCUCUGCUUGCAUGGCAAAUGAACGGCUGGCUUGAGUAAAAUGAUUCAGCAGUUUUGUGGAAGUUUGAGGAAUAACUUCACAGUUGGAUGUAGACACAGAAAUUGUUUAACUUUGUUUUGAAGGAAGUAAAGAGAGAUAAUUAACACUAUAGAGCUUUGAACUGUUAAUAUUUUUCUAUGUUGAACUGUAUUGUUGUUAUAUAACCUUUGAGACACAGCUGUGUCUUAUAAAAUGUUUUUUUUUUUCCCCAAAGUGUAUGCUAAAAUGACAGUUUAAUAAAAGAUUGAUUGGACCUGGA